UUAAGUUACUCCGGUUUGUAAAUUUCAAUCGGCAGAGUACCGCAUACCUCUCGCCGCCGUUCGCUUCCCCUUCUGCAUUGCCUGAGCCUCCCCCUUCAUUUCUUUCUUUAAAGAAUAUAUAGACAGAUAUAGAGAUUUCUGGGAAUCUUACCUUGCUGCUCCAUCUGCCUUCUAGAAGAAUUCUACCCUUUGGAAAGGAUUCGUUUAUCCCUCAUCAAGGAGGAAGAAUUACCUCCCCCCACUUUUUUAUCCUUGGAGAUUUUAGAAUACAACUAUAAAGAAGAUUCCCCCCCUGAGACCUAGAUGACGAAAAGUAACGGAGAAGACACAAGAUCAGGCAACAAGAUGGAGCGCUUCCAGCAAGGAGUUCGGAAACGUACACUCAUGGCAAAAAAGAAGGUGCAGAGCAUCACGAAGGAUGAUGUUAAAAGUUACUUACUGAGGAAUUUUUUUGUGCUGUUCACCAUCAUUGCCGUCAUUGUUGGCGUCAUCCUUGGAUUUGGUCUUCGGUCGUACCACUUCAGCUAUCGAGAGGUGAAGUACUUUUCCUUCCCGGGUGAACUCCUAAUGAGAAUGUUGCAGAUGCUGGUUUUGCCUCUCAUUGUAUCCAGCUUAGUAACAGGAGUUGCUGCCUUGGACAGUAAAGCAUCAGGCAAGAUGGGACUCCGAGCAGUCGUCUACUACAUGAGCACCACAGUCAUUGCUGUCUUUAUUGGAAUAAUCAUGGUGAUCAUAAUCCAUCCUGGGAAAGGAUCAAAGGAAAAAAUGCACCGAGAAGGCAAGAUUGUGCAAGUGACAGCGGCCGAUGCCUUUCUGGAUUUAAUCAGAAACAUGUUUCCACCAAAUUUGGUAGAAGCCUGCUUUAAACAGUUCAAAACCAACUAUGAGGAACGCGCUCCUAGUACGGCACAUGAUUCUAACGAAACAUCUUUCCUUGACGGCAUUAUCAACAAUGUUUCAGAAGCAAUAGAGAACCUAACUCACUUGAGAAAAGAAAUGAUCCCUGUUCCAGGGGCUGUAAACGGAGUGAACGCACUUGGACUCGUGGUGUUCUCGAUCAGCUUUGGCCUGGUGAUUGGGAACAUGAGGGAGCAAGGACGGGCCUUGAGAGACUUCUUUGACAGCCUUAAUGAGGCUAUAAUGCGACUGGUUGCACUAAUUAUGUGGUAUGCACCCCUUGGUAUCUUGUUUUUGAUUGCUGGAAAAAUUGUUGAAAUGGAAGAUAUGGGUGUGAUUGGAGGUCAGCUUGCCAUGUAUACAGUUACAGUGAUCAUUGGCUUGCUUAUCCAUGCGGUUAUUGUUCUCCCACUGCUCUACUUUUUCAUUACUCGAAGGAACCCUUGGGUCUUUAUUGGAGGUUUGCUGCAAGCUCUCAUCACAGCCUUGGGAACAUCUUCAAGUUCUGCCACUUUACCAAUCACAUUCAAGUGUCUAGAAGAGAAUAAUGGUGUAGAUAAACGUAUUACAAGAUUUGUGCUUCCUGUGGGUGCAACUAUUAACAUGGAUGGCACAGCAUUGUACGAGGCGUUGGCUGCCAUUUUUAUUGCACAGGUUAAUAACAUGGAUCUAAACUUCGGACAGAUUCUCACAAUCAGUAUCACAGCUACAGCUGCCAGCAUUGGCGCAGCAGGAAUUCCUCAGGCUGGCCUAGUCACUAUGGUGAUUGUAUUGACAUCUGUUGGUUUGCCUACAGACGAUAUCACUCUUAUCAUUGCUGUGGAUUGGUUUUUGGAUCGUCUGCGCACCACAACCAACGUCCUGGGAGAUUCGAUUGGUGCUGGGAUUGUAGAACACUUAUCACGGCACGAGCUGAGGAGCAAGGAUGCUGAGAUGGGUAAUUCUGUGAUAGAAGAGAAUGAAAUGAAGAAGCCUUACCAGCUGAUCUCGCAAGAGAAUGAGAACGAAAAGCCCUUGGACAGCGAAACCAAGAUGUGAGGCAGAAGAAGUACAAUACCGGGCACUAGAAAUAUGGGAAGUGCACACUUUUGUCCGAUCCUUCCUGUAUUUCAUUCAUUUGUUCUUCUCUUGCUCGCUUUCCCCCUCUCUCCAAACAGAGCACUGAAAAGAUUUAGGGGUUUAACUAGACAUUAUGAGAGACAUGGAGGUUUGUAACACAAAAAGGCUUCUUUGCGUCCUCUUGUAACUGCUAAGUAGGCACCAUGCCCCAACAUGAGGUCAUCAUGCCGUUUGCUUUAUCGCCAACCUCAGAGCUUAGAAAAGUUACUUUUUGGGGCUGCAACUCCCAGAAAUACCUCCAUCAGCGUGGACAGUGGCCGUACUAGCUGAGAGGCUGCAGAUUUGAUGUCUUAAGUGUGACUUUUCUAAGUUCUGCAGUUCACACAGCAAAUAACGUGGCGGUGGUUGGGAAAGUAUAAGAUGACCUCAGGUGCCAUGUUGUGUUUACCUCAACAUUAUGCCGAACAAGAGGACAGAGAAGUGGAAUGACAACAUUUUGGCAUGUCUUGUUAAAUUCUAAUUAAAGCCCUUAGGGAGAAUAGUCUAAAUUAGUAAUGAUUGCGGUAUAUGAUUCUGUCCCUAAGAAAUAAAUAAAUUGUGAUGUUACAUCCUUAGGGAUGGAAAAUAGUCUGUAAUCAAAUUAGCAAGAAUAUUAAUGUGUACAUGUUUCUUACCCAUAUAAAUGUGGUCGCACUUAAAGCUGAAGAAGCAAAGCAGAGGAAUUCUGUAAAGGGUUUAUUUUGUUUAAAUUAUGGUUAUGCCUUUUUAACACCACUAAGACUGCACUCUUACGCCUCUUGUCGAAAAGUAUGCACCAUUCAAGCAGAUGGGACUUACUUUGGAAUAGAGGUGCAUUGGAUUGCAUGGCAAAUCAACUCUUUACAGUUGAUGCUAUUUCCUAGAGAAGCGAGUAGCAAAUCUGGUAUUCUUUUUUUAAACAUAUUUUUCCGUAUUUUAUGAUCAGCGAAACAGUCAAAGUAGGGAUACAUAUUAUUGUUGGGGGUUUUUUUAGGAGGGCAAAAGAGGGCAAUAUUACAUUUUUAUUUCCACACAAUGGGAUAUUUUAGGAUCAGGAAGAGCACAAUAAUUCCUGGUGCUGUGCACCUUCAAGUCCCAUUGACUCCCUAGAUCAAGAACUCACAAAUAUCUCUGUGUAUGUGUAACACUACAUUUCUUUGGACUGCAAUACUGCUACUUAACACAAGUACUGCUACUCAUGCACAUUGUCCUUUCAGGACCAGAGAUUUAAUAUAUAUAUGUGUGUGUGUGUGUAUAUGUAUGUGUGUGGAAA